AUGACAACACCAACCGAGAAAUUAAUGAAAGAGUUGAUUAAUGCCACUAUUAAAGCAGAACAAAAUGCAAUUCCUUCUGGUUCAACCGAGGAAGUAGUACUUAUAAAACGUGAAAUAGACAAUUCGGAAAAAUUUCAUCCUUCAAAGAAACGUUUUACCACAGCUAAAGAUAGGAGAGAACAUCGUAAUAAGAACUUUAUAAAUAGGAAAGGCAAUCGUGAUGAUAAAGAAUUAUUAGAAAGCAAAGAUGAUGGUAAAGAUUCGAAUGAAACAAAAGAACCGAGAAAGCCAAAAAAGAAAGUUGCCGUCUUAGUUGGCUUUUGUGGGACUGGUUAUCAAGGAAUGCAAAUUAAUCCCAACGCGAAGACGAUUGAAGAAGAUCUCUUUAAGGCCUUUGUCGCUUCUGGUGCUGUAUCUAAAGACAAUUCAGAUGAUCCUAAAAAAGUUGGUUUGAUGCGUGCUGCCAGGACUGAUAAAGGUGUUCAUGCAGCUGGAAAUUUAAUUUCACUUAAGAUAAGUCUCUUAAAGAUUAACGAAAAUCUCCCUGAUCAAAUACGAAUAUGGGGAUACGUUAAAGUAAUUCGUUCUUUUCACGCGAAGACCCUAUGCGAUUCCCGUAUAUAUGAAUAUCUAUUACCAACUUAUGUGUUCAUUCCUUCUGAGAAAAAAUCCAAUUCGAUAGUGCCAAAUGUAAACGUUAAUGUAUUCACAGACGUUCCUCUCGCCACGACUGAAGAAAUGAUCGAAAAGCGAAAAUAUCGUAUAUCACAAAAAAUUUUGGAGUAUGUGAGACAAGGAUUUAAGGCAUACGAAGGCACACAUAACUAUCACAACUUCACAUUAGGACGUAAUCCACAGGAGAAAAGUUGUAAUCGAUAUAUUGUCAAUUUUCAAGUAGGCGAUCCUAAAAUGAUUAAUGAUACCGAAUGGGUUAGUUUGAAAGUACAUGGGCAAUCAUUUAUGCUCCAUCAAAUUCGUAAAAUGGUUUUGAUGAUCGUAAGAACGGGAACACCUAUUUCUCUUAUUGCAAAUUCAUUCUCACAAAUCAAGAUAAAUAUACCAAGAGCUCCAGCAUUAGGUUUAUUACUUGAACGGCCUGUAUUCAAUUCUUAUAACAGAAAAUCUAAAGAUCAAGGAAAAGAGGUGAUCGACUAUGAUCUAUAUCAGGAUCAAAUCGAUAAAUUUAAAGAUAGGUUUAUUUAUUCCAAGAUUUUUGAAGAAGAACUUGCCGAGAACACCUUCCAAAACUGGCUUAAUUCUAUUGAUCAACAUACAGAACGAGACUACGGAUACCUUAAUCCUGAAGGAGUCAUACCUGAAAGUGCCAUAGUGAAACAUGGUGAAAGGCAAAAAUAUUACAACGAUCAGGCUGACGAUGAUGAAAAAGAUGAAGUCGUUUCAGAUGAUUAA